AUGGAACCUCAACAGGGGUACUCUGCAAGUUCUCCACAACAACUGGUUCCUCCAUUCUCCUCAACAAUCUCCCGCCAUUCUUCACAACUACCUCCCGCCAUUCUUCACAACUACCUCCCGCCAUUUUCCACAGCUGCUCUUCACAAUGAUUCAACAGCCGCCCAAACUCGCUCGCUCGUGCUAGGAUUUAUUGGCAGGCUUUGGGUCUCUUCCUCGUCGGAUUCCUGUGUCGGGUCGCUAUCGCCCUUUAUCAGCCCCUGUUGUGUGUAUUACCGUCCUGUUGGUUAG